CUUCCCCGUCUCUAACGGUGCUCCUUUUUCCUGUCAGCUCACAUUCUCAGUACCCUCUGAUAUUUUUUUUUUAACAUAAGACACAAAAAGAUAGAUUUUUUUACAAUUUUUUUAAAUUUUUUUGAGUUUUUACACAUACCUAUGUAAUAAAUGAAGUAUUUUGUAAGAUGGGUAGUGUGAAAAAAGUGAACUUUUCAAAGUUUUUUGUGUAUAAAUUUUUUGAGUUAUUGAGUAAAGUUUGAGUCUUGGUAAAAAAAAAUCAAGAAAAGAAAAAUAUAUAAGGAAACAAAUAGCUCCAUUGUCAUCUCAAUAACACACUGAACCCUUUUUAGUUAUUCUUGAAAAAGGUUCAAGAAGAUAUUGGUUGUGGAUGCCACUUAGGUUUUUAUUUUAUUGGGGUUAAGAUUGGUUUAGAAAAGAAUUGUCUUUUGUGUUGAUUGAAGGGGAAAAGAUUGAAUCUUUGGACAUAUUGUGGUGAUUGAAGUGAAAAAAGAUUGAAUCUUUGGACACCAUCAUUGCUAACUUUUCUUCAAAGGUUUAUCUGUUUUCCUGGAAUGCAUGAAAUUUUCUUGUGAAUGGGAGUGAGUAGUUUUAACUAUGGAUCUCCGGGAAGAAAGCUCUAGAUUUGGAUCGUUACCAAGCACAACGUCAAGAAACCUUUCGUCUUCAUCGUCGACUUUCUUUUCUGCGAAUCAGUCGCCAUUCUUCUCUCCUAGAUCACCUAAGUCCCUGGUAUCAGCAUGCUCGGAUAAUCAAUUUCGUGAUAGUGAUGUUACCUCUGCUGCCUUAGAUGCUAGUUUGGGCAUUUUAGGUCCAGAAUCAUUUGCAAAUGCUAGAUUGUCAGAUGCUUAUCCUGUUGCAUUAGCUAGUGCCUCGAAUGAUCUCCAGAAGUUGGAUUUUGUAGCUUCUUCGACGUCAAAUUCUAAGAGUACUAUAGCGAGUUAUAAUGUUGGCCCUGAACAUGAAUAUUUGCGACCUAGAGGCAAGCAGAAAAAGAGUGGAAGGACACAGGAAUCUUGUGUUACUCCAACAUCGACUUCCUCCCUAUCCAACAGAGUGAGGAGCUGUGAUGUGUACAUUGGUUUUCAUGGCCGCAAACCUUUACUGCUCAGAUUCAUGAAUUGGCUCCGUGCUGAGCUAGAAAUCCAAGGUCUAAGUUGCUUUGUUACUGACAGAUCAAGGUGCCGAAAUACUAGAAAGCAUGGCAUGGUAGAGAGAGUAAUGGAUGCUUGUACAUUCGGAGUUGUGAUCUUAACCAAGAAAUCAUUCAGGAAUCCAUAUACCAUAGAGGAGCUGCGCUUCUUUGCUAGCAAAAAGAAUUUGGUACCAGUGUACUUCGAUCUGCGUCCAGAGGAUUGCCUUGUGCGAGAUAUAAUUGAGAGAAGAGGAGAGCACUGGGAAAAACAUGGUGGUGAACUUUGGCUACUUUAUGGGGGAUUGGAGAAGGAGUGGAGAGAUGCCGUCAAUGGUCUUUUGCGUGUUGAUGAGUGGAAGCUAGAGGCUCAUGAUGGCAAGUGGAGGGAAUGCAUAUUGAGGGCUGUAACUCUAUUGGCCUUAAGAUUAGGGAGGCGAAGUGUUGUGGACAGACUAUCCAAGUGGAGGGAGAAGGCAGAAAAAGAGGAGUUUCCUUUCCCUCGAAAUGAGAAUUUUGUCGGCAGAAAGAAGGAGCUAUCUGAGCUUGAGUUUCGGCUUUUUGGUGAUGUUAGUGGGGACGCAGAGAAAGACUAUAUUGAACUAAAGGCUAGACCCAAGCGAAGGAAUUUGACAAUUAGUUGGAGUCGAAGUAAUUCAAUCAACGAAAGACGGUUUGAGCGUCCUAGUGACAACAAAAGGAAAGGGAAAGAGCCAGUGACAUGGAAGGAAUCUGAGAAAGAAAUUGAAAUGUUAAAUGCUGAAGUUUCUCAUACCCAACAGCAUGCACCAAAGCCGAGGAACUCUAAGAAACAUGGAAGGCGAAACAACUCCAUGAAAGUUGUCUAUGGAAAGGGCAUUGCUUGUGUGUCUGGGGAACCAGGAAUUGGCAAGACAGAUCUACUGCUUGAGUAUGCUUAUCAAUUUCAUCAGCGCUACAAAAUGGUCCUUUGGAUUGGAGGUGAAAGCAGAUAUGUUCGACAAAACUACUUGAACUUGUGGUCGUUUUUAGAAGUUGAUGUCGGGGUAGAAAACUCACCUGAUAAAAGCAGGAUAAAGAGCUUUGAGGAGCAAGAAGAGGCUGCUGUAGCUAGGGUUAGGAAAGAACUCAUGCGAGACAUUCCAUUCUUGCUGAUAAUUGAUAACUUGGAGAGUGAAAAGGACUGGUGGGAUCAUAAACUAAUAAUGGAUUUGCUUCCCCGUUUUGGGGGUGAAACACAUGUUCUCAUAUCCACGCGCCUCUCUCGGGUUAUGAACAUGGAUCCUAUCAAACUCAAUUAUCUGUCAGAGAUUGAGGCAAUGUCUUUGAUGCAGGGUGCUGUGAAAGAUUACCCGAUUGCUGAAAUUGAUGCCUUGCGAGUUAUUGAGGACAAACUUAAGAGACUGACACUUGGCCUUGCCAUUGUUGGAGCAAUUCUUUCUGAACUUCCUAUAAAUCCUAGUAGACUAUUGGAUACCAUCAAUCGUAUGCCAUUGAAGGAAAUAAUCUAUAUUCGUCGGGAAAACCAUCCACUGAGGCGAAACAAUUUCCUUUUGCAACUUUUUGAAGUUUGUUUCUCAAUAUUUGACCAUGCUGAUGGACCUAGAAGUCUAGCAACAAGAAUGGCCCUUGCAAGCGGUUGGUUUGCUCCAUCACCUAUUCCAGUUUCUCUAUUAGCUCUGGCUGCUCACAAGAUACCAGAGAAAUACCCACGUCGGAGGAUGUUGAAGAAAGUUUUAUGCUCUUUAACUUGUGGUUUCACAUCAUCAUAUGCUAGGAAAUCUGAGGCAGAAGCCUCUUCUCUUUUGUUGAGAUUCAACAUUGCAAGGACUUGUAGAAAGGAAGGCUACAUUCAGUUCCACCAGCUUAUCAAAAUGUAUGCUCGAAAAAGAGGGGUCACUGGAGUUGCUCAAGCCACAGUACAAGCUGUUAUUACUCGCGGUUUAAUACCCCAGCACUCUGAGCACAUAUGGGCAGCAUGCUUUUUGCUCUUCGGAUUUGGGAGUGACCCCAUGAUAGUUGAGCUUAAAGUUUCCGAAUUGUUGUUUCUCGUGAAAGAAGUGAUUUUACCACUUGCCAUUCGAACAUUUAUUACAUUCUCACGCUGUGCUGCUGCUUUAGAACUUCUACGGCGUUGUACAGAUGCAUUAGAAGCAGCAGAUCAGGCAUUUGUCACACCUGUUGACAAGUGGUUGGAUAAAUCACUUUGUUGGAGACCUAUCCAGACAAGUGCCCAGUUAAACCCUUGCCUUUGGCAGGAACUUGCUUUAUCAAGAGCUACAGUGCUCGAAAUCAGGGCAAAGCUAAUGUUGAGGGGUGGACAGUUUGAUAUUGGUGAUGAUUUAAUCCGGAAGGCUAUUUUCAUUAGAACUUCAAUCUGCGGCGAGGACCAUCCAGAAACCAUAUCUGCUCAUGAAACGCUCAGUAAACUUACAAGACUCCUUGCUAGUGUUCAAAAUCAUACAUCAAAUAGAAGUUAAUUGUUGUAGUUUAGCUAGAUUUAUAGAAAGUAAUUGGAAUAAGCUGGUUUAACAGUUCAAAUGAUAGCAUUUUUUUUUUAUAUUAAUGAGCCAUACAUCUUAUUCAAAUUCUUUCCAUUUCUUUUUGAUAUGCUAAUUUCAUUUCUAACUUUGCUUAUGAUGUUGCUAUUCUAAUCCUGCUUCCUAUUCAUCGUUGAUGGUUCAUAUGAUGUCUUUUGCUUCCGCUUGCUGUUUGUUAGAUCUUUCCCCUAUGAAAAAGGUAUGGAAAUAGUGUAAUCAGCCACUGGAUGUUCUUAAUUGUUAAGUAUUCCAUGGGUAGAAGAUUUUAUAUCAUUAUCCUCUUCAAAAGGAAAAAAUUUUAAGGAAGAUUGCCUUCUCAAAAGGACUAAACAGCUUGCAUAUGGCUUAUCCAGCCAGUUGGAGUUGUGGCAAUGGUUGAUUAAUUAUAUCCGCUUCAGAAGGGAAGAAACAAAAAUUAUGAUUCAGUUGCUUCAAGAACCUCUUGCAGCUGAUGGCUUAGUGUGAGAACUUGGCUGGCAGCACCUCGAGACAUUUCAAAGUGGCAAAAACUAUCAGAGUUGAGAGUCCAAUCAUUUGAAAUUGUGCCAAGGCUGAACGCUGCUUCUUCAUUCUUAUGUCAAGAUGGAUAACUUCUCCAAAGUUUCAGUGUCAAGUUUGUACCAUACUAGUUGAAAAUGUCAAGGAUUCAGAAAAAAUGGGCAUUAUUGUUACUCAAGAGACACGGUAAGCUAACGUAGCAGCACGUGAACUAUUUUCAGCAACAGUUCUUGGGUGUGAACAACAUGCAGAUUCAUGUUAGUGAAGGCCAGGCACCUCCAGCAGUCAGCCUGCCCCUAGAGCCCAUGUAAUUGUCAUCGCCAUAGGGCUAGACUCUGGUAACCAGUGGCAGACUCAAAAUUUAGACGUUGUUUAUUAUCAUUAGCUCAAAGCACCAUCUUAUUUGUUUAUCUUUUUAACUCAAAGCUAUUCCAAGGAUAAGUGUUGUAGAAUUGUUUAAGUUCCUGUUGUAAGAUUUGACAAAAUUUUAAGUCAUGUCAUUUGUUAAGAAUGCUAAAUAGCAGACAGAACAACGAGAAAUAAGAUGGUUUGAUCAUGUCUUCAGUAGACAUUCAAAUGUAUCGAACUGUAAAUCAAAAUUCAUUUGUUUGAUAUAA